AUGCAUAAAUCACUCUCCCUCGUCUCCCGCCAGUUCUUUUCCCUUACCAACCGCCUCCGCACCGACCUCGCCGUUCUCGACCCUGUCCGCCCUCUCCUUCCCACCCUCCUCCGCCGUUUUCCCAACCUGACGACCAUCAAAAUCACGCGCUACUUCACGGGUGACAUCAACGCGCUCCUCUCCCAAAUUGCUUUGUUCGACCUACCCUCACUCCGUUCCCUUGACCUGUCCCACCAACCCACCUUCCCUUCACAUGGGUUGCAACAAUUCUCCCAAAAGUUUCCAACUUUGAAGUCACUCAACUGUUCCUUCAUGCCUCAGGAUUUGGGCUUAAUUGUCGAAUGCUUCCCGAGCCUAGAAGAAAUCGAUGUGAAUUUCCCUCCGUGUGAUGAGAUAACAGAUUAUUCCCGUGUAAAGGCCUUUGCUUCAGAGCUUAAGAAGCUUAGAAAGGUGAAUGUUUCAGUUUUUUUAUUAAAAAAAAAAAUUUUUUAUCAAAAUAAUAGUCCCAAACAAGCAUUAAGGAAAAUAACUCACAUUGCUAACGCGAUCCGUCAGAGAUCCCAAUUGAGGUCUUUGGCUUUUAGCGGUUCGCAUGAUAAGAUUUCGGAGUUCAUUGAUGCAUUGGUAAAUUUGAAGGGUUUCACUUGUCUUGAUCUGUCUUGUUUGCGUAUAUCUGACGAGGUCUUGUGUGCUGUUGCGGAAGAAGGCCUUCCCUUGAGGAAACUCUCUCUGCAGUGCUGUAAGGGAUAUGGAUACCAUGGGAUUUCUCGCUUGUUGAGAAAGUGUAACCAUUUGCAUUAUUUAGAUCUUGAGGGCACAGAUUUUCUGAAUGAUCAGCGGGUGGAGCUUCCAGAAACUCCAUACUUUAUAGCAAAACAAGCAGAAAACUCAUUGAAAAAAGAUCGUCCUUCAUGCUUCUUCAUUCAAAGAGAUGUCUAUCUGAAUCACCACGACCACGUCGAGUUGCAUUCUCUGCCGGGAGAGGAACUUUCCUCCGGCAUCCCUGAAAACAUGCUAGGAUUCAUCGCGCGAUCGCGGCUCAAGAUUCUAAGCUCAAGCAACGGUUUACUUCUUUGUCUUCAUCCAACAGAAUUAUUUAUCAUCAAUCCAGCAACUUGUUACCUUUUACACAUUCCCCUCCCCAACCACUUGCAGCAGCGAGAGAAUCUUUAUAGUGUCUCCAUGACACUGGAAUGCGACUCUGAUAAUUACAGGUUGAUUCUUUUUGACAAUGAAGAGUGGAGUUCACAUUUUGAUUGCCAUGUUUAUAGUCAUAAACAAGGUGUUUGGAGCUUAAGGAAGAACCGUUUCUUUGCUUGAUCUAGGAAUUUGAUAUUUGACAUGCCAGUGAUUUGUAAUGGCGCCAUUCACUUCAUCUCGGGUUGCUACAGUUAUCUUACUGAAGAUAGCACUUAUUUUAGGCCUUAUAUCAUGUCUUAUGAAAUCACAAACGGCAAUGAUGAAAAUGAAAGCGUUGAAACCAAGUUUUUAAGGGUUCCUAAAGAAGCAAGAAGGGGUUCUCAUGAUAACAGUUGCCAUAUGAAUAUUUUCAAAUGGGGAGAAGUUGCUGGCUAUCAAACUAUUUGCUUAGUUAGAUUGAGAAAGCGUGUGUUUACGGUUUGGAUUCUAACAAACUAUGAAUCGAGUUCAUGGAGAAGGAUCAUGAAGGUGAGAGUGAAAGGAAUGGGUUUAGUGGAACAGAACCCUGUGAUUAGAGGCUUUACUGUUUUGAAUGGUAAUCUUGUUUUUGCUACGGAAAAGAAGGUCUACACAUAUGGUUUAACUAGUGAGAAAUAUAUGGUGCUCUCGGAAAUUUGUGACCA